AUGCCUGCGCCCCCCGCAGCUGGCCUUGGGCUUCCGCGCUCGGCUCCGUGGUUGCGGUCGGGAGUGUGCGGAAGCCUGUGCUGCUUGUCUUCUGGGGGCGGGGGAGUGUCGUCCGAAGGAAUGCCAGAGGUCCCCGCGAGCUCGCGGGCCUGGGGGCACCUGUGCUCCGCGGGGGCUGCGCCAGGGACACGGCCCAGGAAGUUUUCUAGAGCCCGGAGGAGCCUGGUGAGGGGGGCGCGGGAUGCUGCGGAUUCCCCGGGACCCACACCCAGUCGUCUCCGUCUGUUCAUCCGCCUCCUGAGGGUGAUCCCCGGGUACCUGGAGGCGUCCAAUAAAAGAAAUCGGGGGUGUGGGGGGGCACGCUUCGGUUGCCAGCCCCGUGCAGACAAGAGGCGCCCCCAAGGCCAAUCGCGGUUAGGGGCGGGGGAUGCUCGGACCUGUAUCCUCGCAAACCCCGAGGCCGCGCGCACUGGGCCGGGCGCCCCCCGCACGCUCGGGGCGCGCGGGCCAGCAGCACCUCCUGGGACCAGUCCCCUCAUUGGACCAAAGGCUUUGGGAAAAAGCAGAGGCGCCUCAAACGCACAACCUGGGCUAAGUAACCACGCACGCUCGCGGUGCCCUGACCUCCGGGUCAAGGGCGCGGUCGGUGGGUCCGUGGCGCUGCGGUUCAGGGCCGCCAGCCGCGCGCAGCGGAUGCUCGGGGACCGGGAUGCCAGCGUUGGGCGGUGCCACGAAUUUUCUUCUUUCUCUCGUUUCGAGCUAAAUUCUCCUCCCAACCAGAGGCCAAAAGUCCCCGGAGAUGAAAGCAAAGAGUCUCACAAUUCCAGAUACCAAACUGCUCAGUCCGGGGACAAAUCAAGGGCUGGCCCGUGUGGGCGUGCAGAGCCCAGAGCCCGCCGCGCAGCUCCAGCGGGCGCCGGGCAGCCAGCAGCUCCCGAGAGGCGGCGAGGAGGGCGUCGCCGGCCUCCGCGGAGGAGAUGCUCCGAGGCGCGCGCGCCCAGGUGGCCCGACCACCUGGGGCCUAAUGAGGGCUGCGGGGAUGUCCGGGGCGGGUGCGCGCUGGUGGGCGCAGCGGGCGCCGCCUGGGAAGUGCGGGAGGCUGAGCGCGGCGCCCUGGCCAGGCGCACCCUGGGCCCGGCCUCGGGAUGCGGGCGACCCCGCAAUGACAGGAACGCACCUGGGCCCCAGAACUGUGGUCCUGAGCGCUGGGACUUGGGCUACCUGCACUACAAUGAGGAUAGUACUGUGACAUAUGCUGGCACUCAAGGAUUUUGGUCACAUACAUAUGGAAGGGACUUGGACUGUGAGCCCAAGGACGAGGAAGGUCCUUUGCAGUCCCUUAAGGAAGACGAUGGGAGUGGAAUUGCCUUGGAUGCUUUCUAUCUUCAAUCACUUAUUAUUGACGCAUGCCAUGAUAAAGGAUUUCAGAAAAUAAAGGAAUAUCUUCAACAGAGAGCAAGCCACAUUCCUCAAAAAUACAAUCAUCUUGUAUUCUCUCAUCUUGAUGAAUCAAUAAAUAAGGAACUGGAGAAAAAUGAAUUUCCGUAUGUUUCGCUGUUGCUGAAAUGUAUUCAGCGAUUCUUCAUUGAUGGCCUCAAAGAAGAUGAGCCUUUGCUAAUUCAGCAGGGACUGAUCCCAAAGAUGGUUUCCUGGUUUGAAAAAACAACACAAUUUCUGACCACGGCAGAUCCAGCACCUGACACAUCCCUGAUUGAUGUUACAGAAGACUUCUUUGACACAGCCUUGAUUAUUUCCAGGAGUAGUAGUAAAGGGAAAAUUCAGAUGUUGGAUUCUUUCAUACUUGCCUUAGGAUUUCUGGUGACAGAAAAGACUGUAAAUCAUUCGGUCAAACAGGAGGCUUUGAAAACUUUGAACUCCCUUUUGCAUGCCAUGCCUCAGGAAGAGAGAAGACGAUUCCCCUUGUUGGAAGGUCCAUAUCGUUUUAUGAAAGACCUUGCAGGAACAAUCUUGACUGUGGGUGAUUAUGACCAGCAAGUUGCUCUUUCUGAAGCAUUGUGUAGACUGACCUUGAAAAAAUCAAGGGGUGACCUUGUCCAUGAGUGGUUUGAAGAUGAUGUCAUUGCUGAAGCUUUCAAAGAAAUUAAGGAUCGAGAAUUUGAGACGGAUUGUAGACUGUUUCUCAAUCACCUAAACAACAGACUUGGUGAUGAAAGAAAGGUCUUUUCAUUUCCAUGUAUUGCUGCUUUUGCUGAUGGGCAUGAGAUGAAAAAACCAGAAGAUGAAAAACUAGAGAAAUUUUGGAUUGAUUUCAACCUCGGAAGUCAGAGUAUAACUUUUUAUAUAAACAAUACUAAGAGUGCUCUGUGGGAUUCAGUAAGACUUUUGAAGGACGCAGUGAAUAAUUUCAGUGUAAGAGAAACAGAAAAUAUGAAGAUCCUCAUCAUUUUCCUCAAGAAGCCUAUUAAUGUUGGCAACAAAGAAGUGAUGAAAAUAGAAAUCCAUUUUGAUUUGCAAUUCAACAUAUCACAGACUUCCAUUAAAGCUUUAGGAGAAGACAAACAGAUGUUGCCCCAUCAGACAAGAAGCUUCUCAGAACUUUCUGACCAAACAGAGGACUCCACCAGGCUGGCAGAGUUAAUGAGUGCCGGAAAUGACCACAGCCCAAUAACUCUCCCCUUAAAUGACCAGCCUGAGCCUGUCCAAACAAAUACAGCAGAUAGUUCACCUGAAAAAUUGAUACUGGAUGACCUACAACAAGUCACUUCAGAACAUGAACAUUCUUCAGAUUUACAAGAACCGUCAGUAAGAAGUCCGAAUCCUAAAUUAAAUGACAAAUCUAGGACAGAUUCUGCUUCCGAGGGUGAGAGAAAACGAAAAACAAGGAUAUUGUUUAAUUAUAGGAAACACCUCUUCUCGGAUAGUAAUCAAGAUUCGAGUACUAGUACCAGUGAACGAUCUUGGACCAGUAACCAAAAAAAGAAAUCCCUAAAACCGUAUUCUAGUAGAAAAAAGACAAGAACCAGAAAUAGUGUAAGACUUUUGCUAUUUACCCCUCCCAGCAGUGGCAGUGAGCAUGAGAAAGACCAUGUGAAACUUCUAACACCAUUAUGGAAAGAUACCUCCAAGCAGAGUAACUCCACACCUCCAAAAGUUUCUGGAGAUUCUCCUGAAGAUUCUGUUCAGAAAACAGAACUUCAAAGUCCCCACCCACUGAGCAAUCUGUCUUCCUUGGAACACUCAGAAGUUGAAGAAAAUAUAUCUAAGACUGUAGACCAAGAGUCAUUGAUGAAGAGUACUAGCUUCAAACACAAACUGCAAAACUUGGAAGACGGAGACCUAUCAGAUGGCAGCUUUGCUAAGUCAAAACAGUCAAAAUUGGAAGAAGGGUCUGCUCCAGAGCCUCUCUCCUCAGUGACAGAAGAGACAGAUUUAGCAGAAGGCAUUGCUGCUCCAUCCCUAGCAGUUGUGCCAGAGAACUUGAAUGAUUCUGCUGUUAUCACAGCCCUGGAAAACUUCACUCAAGAACUGAAAAGAAAAUCUGAGCUUAGGUACAGAGGGAGUCCACUUUAUUCAAAUAAUGCAAAGCAAGCACCAGAUUGCUUAAUCCAGCUUUUAAACCAGAUACACCAAUGCAGACUGAAUAAACUAGAGAAGUUUCACAGUUUUAUUCUUCAAGAGUUGAGCAAUCUUGAGAAGGAUAUUCAGGUUCUGAAACACCUUGAGGAGGAUGUUCUGGAAUUUUGGGGGAAACAGUCUGAUGAUUUGAAAACAUUCUGUGAUCGGCAGGUGCUAAGGCUUAAUCCAGAUCAGCCUUCAUGAGGAAAGCCAAAGCCCCGUGUCACUACUGCAUUCAUGGGUCUGAGCCACCUGGAGACGAUAAAUCUGGCUUGGACCACAGAGUGGCGCUUUAGUGCUCUGGCUUCUUGAUUUUGUGAUCUCCAAAUGGGAUCCCUGAGAACUGCUGCGUCGGAAUAGAAUGGAAUAGGCUGGUAGUUUGCAGUUGUGUUAUUGUCCAUUUGUUCCCAAAGUUAACCUUCUGUAUCAAAGUGUAGCCAGAAAAUAGGAGGUUCAGGAUGUUUACCAACUUAGAGUAUUGCUUUAAAAAAAAUUUUUUUUAAGUAAAAUUGAUUUUGAGAACGG